AUGAGAAAACAUGCCGUCAGAUGGGCUUCCGAAAGGCAAGUGCAUAGCACAUCCGGAAAGAAUCUAUUGACGCUGAACAUUGCACACUUGUCCUUAAUUUUGAUGGCAGCAUUUCAGGUAGCAUCAUCAACCACUUCAAAAUGCAUAGAAUGGCACGGUGGAGUGGGUUUCACGAAAGAGUAUCCCGUGGAGAAAUUCUAUAGAGAUGCCAAAGCAGGUACCAUCUACGAAGGCACAUCGAAUGUUCAGUUAAAUACGAUCGCCAAGCUGAUUGAUGCCGAGUAUAAGGGCCUCGUUUAG